GAUGAGAGAAUAAAUAAGAGCAGAACCUGAGAAGCUUUUAUUCACCAGAGACACCAAACAGCUGGAAGAUGAGUUCUGCUCAGAGUCUGGAGAACAAACUGGAGGCCCUUCAGUGCCAUUUCACCUGGAACCUCGAUCCUGGAAGUCACAGACUUACUGUUAUACAGAAGAUUGUAGAGGACUUCGGCACAGAAGAGGGAAACAUUUGGCUGGGUCACAUCUACAACCUGCAGGGAUUCAUCCAGUCCAAGAUAGGCUCCUCUGAAGAGGCCCUGAAGUUCUUCAGCCGAGCCACUGAGACCUUCAAACGUCUUAAAAACUCUGAUGAAGGUCCCUGGUUGAUGGUGAACUUUGGGAAUCUGGCUUGGCUGCACCAUCAUAUGGGUGAAGAUGAGAAGAGUCAGAAUUACCUGUCAAAGGGUGAAGCUAUGAUGAGUAAAUACCCGGCUCCACCUGAGCAAGACCUCCACCCAGAGGUCUGUGCUGAGAAGGCCUGGACCCUGAUGAGGUUUGACGAAGAAGAAGCUGCCAAGCUCUUCCAGACAGCCAUAGAAAUGCAGCCAAAUAACAUAGAAUGGCAGAGCAGCUGGGCCAUAUUAUCAGCGGACACCUUCAGAAAGAGCAGGAACAGAAUGAGUCCUGAUGUCCUGGAGAAACUGAGAUCUGCCACAGAAAAUGAUCCAGAAAACCUAUAUGUUGCUGCUCUUUAUUUGGAGGCACAAGCUUUACAAAUCCAGCAUGAAGUUCGAGAAUUGGCUGAAAAGGUCCUGGAGAGGUCUACAAGCCGUUACAAUGGCAUCACCCCACUACUACGUCUCUACAGAGAGUAUAUAUCUAAAGAUGAAGCUGUUGAGUUAGCUGAGCAGGCCUUGAAGAGACAUCCUGACUCACGUGUUUUAAAGAGAUGUGCAGCUAUCUGCUACGUGAAGAAGAUUUUUCCUCCAGACUUCAAACCCAAUACUCCAAGAACAAUCCAUCGAGCCAUCACUCUCUGGGAGAAAAUGUUGGAUCACUAUGGGGAAUCUAAACUUCAAGAACAAAUAACUCUAGCUGAUUUAUAUGGAAAGGUGAAUACAGAGAAAGCUGACCACAUUUACAGAGAGCUGCUGGACAGAGAAAAUCUGGAUUCAGCAGAGAUACAAAUGCUUUACCACUUUUAUGCUAAAUAUUUAUUUUUCAAUAAAAAAAAUAGUCACAGGUCUAUUGAGUACCACAUGAAGGCAGCAAAGAUUCCAGAAGAAUCCAGUUAUCGACAGACGAGCAUCAAUGAGCUGGAGAAGACCUUGGAAAGAAACAAAAAUCCAUCAAAGAGCUGGAAAGGAACUCAGACAGACCCAGAAUUGAUUAAUAAGAUCACGGAGCUUCUGACCAGCCUGAAAAAUCAGCCUGAAACACAGAAUCAGUGAAUAAUAGAAAAGCAAUCUGAGAGCGCAAACCUCUGCCAAGCAGCAAAUUUUGCAACCAAUUGUGACCUACACCUAUAGCUAAAACUUGCACAUGAUCUGGAUCAUAUAAAAUCCAUUCAUAGGUUUUCAAUUGAUCCUGCUAACAAACUUUUCUUUUGUUUUUGUCUUUAGUUAAAUACCUCCAGACAUUUUGAGUCUGAUGCUGAGGCUGACAACAGUCACUGCUGCCACCCUCUUGAUUAGUGGGGAACUGCUUGUCCCUCCAAAUAUCCCACAAUGUUAGAUAAUCUUUAAGAAAAUUCCUGUAUGCAGAGUAUGACGUGGAUCAUCGCCAGAAUGUAAUGGAUUAAUAAUUGGCAUAAAGGACACCUCUGAGAGAAAUUUCAUUAAAAUCCACCUAUAACAUAUUAAGUUAUUUUGUAU